UUUUUCCUUUGAAAAUUUUUUUGUCGAAACAAAAGGGAUUAAAUUGCAAUUUUCUGAUAUUUGGAAGACAUUAUUAAUAAUUUGAAAAUAAUUGUUACCUGACGGCUUGCUGAUCUAGAUUCUAAACCCAAGAAACGGCGAUGCGUUGUAUUGAAUAACGGGCCCCGCUACCUCCGACAACCACCACCACCACACGUUCUGGCACUUCACACGAAAAGGAAUUAGAUAGACUGAACUACUCGCAACGGUAGUUGCAGCGAGGCUGACACCAAUAUUUUGGAGUAAACUAAAAUCUUGGCAGCCGGUAGGCAUGGAUUUGGCUUUUGCAUCUCCAUUUUACCCAGCAAAUGGAAGGAAACCCAUACUUGACAUUAAGCCCUUAAGCUCUUCUACCCUUAAUAGAAAGUUGUCCUCUCAGAAAACAUCUCCAUGUAUGGCAACUGUAGCUACCCAGACCAGUCAGGCAUAUGACUUUGUGUUAGAGAACAAAAAGCAUGAUCUACUGAGAGCUAUCCAGGACACACAACGGGGACUCGAUACAUCUACCGAUCAACGCUCUUCCAUCGAGGAGGCUCUGGUCAACGUGGAGGGAUAUAACAUGGGUUUCCCAAUUGACCUGGUAAAGUUGGAUGGGACAUGGCGCCUGCAGUAUACUUCUGCCCCCGAUGUUCUCGUUCUUUUAGAAGCCGCUGCUAGACUUCCUUUCUUUCAGGUUGGGCAAAUUUUUCAAAAAUUUGAAUGUCGGGAUCAAUCAAAAGGAGGUGUCAUCCGUAAUGUUGUUCGAUGGAGUAUUCCAUCUUUGUUAGAGGAACAAGAAGGUGCCACUCUGCUCGUUUCUGCAAAAUUUACCAUUGUCUCUGUGCGUAAUAUCUACCUUCAGUUUGAAGAGAUAACUGUACAAAAUAUAAAGAUCAGUGAAGAACUACAAGGUCUCAUAGCUCCAGCUAUACUACCGCGGUCAUUUUUAAGCCUACAGAUCUUGCAGUUUAUCCGUGCUUUCAGAGCUCAAAUCCCUGUAAGAGACCCAGGAAGAGAAUCAGUAGGAGGGCUGUAUUACCUUUCGUAUUUGGAUGAUAAUAUGCUUUUGGGGCGUGCCGUUGGUGGCGGAGGCGUAUUCGUAUUUACGAGAGCUCAACCUCUUGACUGAUGAGGGCUAUAUUUUUACUGCUGGCCAGCAUUUGUACACAAGAAAAGCUUUGAGUUUGAAAAUGGCACUAUGAGGAGCACAACAUUGAGGUGAUAUUCCCUAUCAAGACCAUUUAGUAAGCAAGGCUCACUAUGCAUUUUUCCAGGCCGAUGGUGUUGUUUACUGACCACGUAGUUUAACAACUCUUGCCACUUCCAGCAUUCAAGGAAAGCUCAAGAAAUAUGGCCAGUUAAAUAUGUUGUAGACUUGAUUCUGUUGAUGAUGAUAAGCAUAUCUCUUGUUAGUUUUAAAGUAUUUGGAAGCGCACGAAUUAUAUGCAAUAUAAUGUGUGUGCAAGUGCGAGGGUUGAAUUCA